AUGUCGGGUUCUAGACUAUUCGUUUUCGCAGUGUUUUUGGCCGCCUCCAUCACCAUAGCGACAGAUACCGAACAGGAUGCCAGCCACGCCAAGCGAGCAGCCAAAACCUCAACUCGUCAAGUGAGUGCUCCAGGCGAUUCCGGGACCAAGCGGAAGUCCAAUCAAGACUCGGAGCCGGUGGCGCGUAAACGACGAACCCUGAGCAAGCCUGGGACGGCAGAAGCUGCUGCUACCUCCAAGAGUGGAAGAACGUCAGGGGCAAGCGGCAGUAGCCCCUCAUCCGAGGGCAAGAGGGCAACCAGGUCACGAUCGUCAGGCAACUACGCAACUAAAACAGGACCGAAAUCCGUGCAGCCUCCAAGGACACGUCAAGCGGCUAACGUUGCGCUUGUGCCGGUGUUGCGACUUCUCCGAGCAGUGGCGGCGAAGCCAGCGCUGCUGCCCAUGGCUCCAUCGGUUGCACAAGCUCGUGACGCAUUGGAGAAGAUGCACGAACGGAUGAAGGCUGGAAAGCGCCGACGCGGUCGCUGGACAAAGCUAGAUCAGUUUUACCUGAGCCUGUCACAAGUUGGCUACCUCGCCAAGCGUUACAAGGCAACCAGAAACGAAGGCCGUCAAGCUCUAAAGCCGCAGCGCGAGAUUGACGCUGGAAAUCACUAUAUGACCUAUGAGCAAUGGAACGAAGAGCUCGACAAGCUCGCUGCGCAGCACGGAGAGCAGAUGCCAAAGUUACAGAAGAAGGUGCAAGAUCUGGAAGCUCAGGCACGACAGCAGCGAGCUAAUAGCAACAUGGAAAAACAUGAAGAUGCUGUUGCUACCGAAAAUAUCCGGUUAAAGGGAGAUUCUAAGCUUUUUCAAGAGGAUCUGGAUGCUGAACGGUCGUCUGCUACCGCUCUUCGAGCCACUCUGUCUGCAAUGCAGAAGCAGGAGACCCGUGAACUCAAAGUGAAUUUCACGAAAGUGGAGGAAGUAUCCCGCCAACUGAAUUCGAAACUCGAGAAAGCUGAGGAAGAAGCCCGCCAAGCAAAGGCAAUCCAGGCCGAUGCGACUCCAAAAAGUGCUGUCCGAAUCCUGGUGGAGACUAGUGCGACGAAGCUGACGCGCAAGGAAGCACGCUUGAACAGUUUCGUCUUUCGUUUGGAUUCGAGAGAAUUUGAGUUGAACAAGAUAAGUGCAGAACAGCAGGAACUACGGGCUAAACUAAACAAGCAAGCUCAAGAGCAAGAACCGGAGUGA